CUGAGUCCUGGAGUGGGGAAACGGUGCGGGGCUCCGCCGCGCGUUUCUGGCCCAACCGGGCCUCCUUCCCUAGGUUUAGACGAGCGCGGUUUGGGCAACUGUGAAUGAUGCAGGGGAAAUGGUUCCCCGGGAUUUCCGAGAAAGCCACCUGGCCAACGGGGACCAGUGGCUUAGUACUAGAUUUAAUAAUGUAAAACAGAAUUCUUGGAGCGAUAUCUAGAUACAGCAUCAAUUGUGGAGUAGGAAAGCGGAUUGCAACUCAGCUUUAGAAAAAGGACUGUAGCAUACAAGAGAAAAUAGACUUAGAAAUUCGAAUUCGAGAAGGGAUAUGGAAACUCCUUUCCCUGAGCACUCAAAAGGACCAAAUUUUACAUGCAGUUAAGAAUCUCAUGGUGUGCAAUACUCGAAUAACGGCUUACACAUCCAAGUUACAGAAAUCAGAAGAGCAGAUUGCAAAUCAAACUGGACAAUGUGAUAUGAAUUUUGAAAAUAUAGAACGAACAGCCUGUAAAGCAAAGAUUGCCAUAUCAGAUAUUCGAAUACCACUAAUGUGGAAAGACUCUGAUCACUUCAGCAAUAAAGAGCGAUCAGAGCGCUAUGCCAUUUUUUGUUUAUUCAAAAUGGGAGCUGAAGUUUUUGAUACUGACAUGGUGAUUGUGGAUAAAACAAUUACAGAUAUAUGUUUUGAAAAUGUAACGAUAUUUAAUGAAGCAGGACCAGACUUUAAAAUAAAGGUGGAAGUAUAUAGUUGCUGUACAGAAGGAUCUUCCAUAACCAACACACCAAAAAAGCUAGCUAAGAAACUAAAGACAUCUAUAAGUAAAGCUACUGGAAAGAAAAUUAACUCAGUGCUUCAAGAAGAGAAUCCUGAAACAUGCUUGUUCUUCAAUUCUACUGUUUUUGGUGCAAAGUACCAUUUGCUAGCUCACACUACCCUAACCUUGGAAAGUGCUGAGGAUAGCUUCAAGACUCAUAAUCUGUUUAUUAAUGGAAAUGAGGAGUCUUCAUUUUGGCUUCCCUUGUAUGGCAACAUGUGCUGCCGAUUAGUUGCUCAGCCAGCUUGUAUGGCUGAGGAUGCAUUUGCAGGAUUUCUUAAUCAGCAGCAAAUGAUAGAAGGUUUAAGUAUUUGGAGAAGACUGUACUGUGUUUUGAGAGGGGGCAAACUCUGUUGCUUUUAUAGUCCAGAAGAAAUUGAAGCUAAAAUGGAACCAACCUUGAUAGUGCCCAUUCAUAAGGAAACCAGAAUUCGGGCAAUGGAAAAAGAUGCCAAGAAAGGAAUCCAUAAUUUCUCUGUCAUUAACCCUCUUGCUGGACAAGCUACAACUCAUAUUUUUGCAGUUGACAGUAGAGCAGAUCUUCAGCAGUGGAUGGAAGCUUUCUGGCAACAUUUCUUUGAUCUUAGCCAAUGGAAGCAUUGUUGUGAAGAACUUAUGAAAAUUGAGAUUAUGUCACCACGGAAACCACCUUUGUUUUUGACAAAAGAGGCAACCUCAGUCUACCAUGAUAUGAGCAUUGAUUCACCUGUGCAACUUGAAAGUUUAACUGACAUAAUACAAAAAAAAAUUGAAGAAACAAAUGGACAUUUCAUUACUGGUCAGGAUGAAGAGGUCUCACCACCUCCUUGGGCCACAAUAUUUGAUGGUAAUCAUAAAAUGGAUAUCCAGAAAAAGGUAUUGUCCCCUGCAGGUGAGCAGUUACAUGAUGGGAAAAGGAAAAAGAGACGAGCUCCCCUUCCUCCUGCUGAUAAACCUCCAUACAGCUUAAAAACACAGAGCAACAGAGAUCAGUUGGUUAAGGACAACUGGGGAAAUACAAGUACAUCACAAUCCUUGCCUUUGGAUACCAAACUAUCAACCCUGAUGCAUCACUUACAGAAACCAGUUGCUGCUCCUCGAAAACUUCUUCCUGCCAGGAAAAAUAGUUUAUCUGAUGGUGACCACACAGACACUAAAACCAAUUCUGAAACUAAGCCAGUGCCAGCUCCAAGGCAGAAAUCCAUCAAAGACAUUUUGGAUCCUAGAUCAUGGUUACAGGCACAAAUAUAGAAAACUCUUAUUGUAUAAAACAUUGAACAGAAUGUAACUGUGAGGCUUAAUUGAGAGGCAUUGUUAAUGCAGUAAUG